GGGUGAUCAUGUAUAGCAGAUAAAUGCUACAUAGUUGAAUUUAGAAAACAAAAUAAAAAAGAAUUAAGUAAAGUAGUAGAAACGCGUUAGAAGCCACUUUUACUAUCCUGACAGUAUUGAUAAUGAACAUAUAUAGUAAAUUGCGCAAUAGAGAACACGGGCUAGCAAAUGACCACAGCUAUGACUUCGCACUGCGUCGUCUAUGUGUGGCACGCCAGGACAGCUGGCGCGGCAUAGCACCUGCCAACUACAGUCCGGACUUCAAUCCAGAGCCGCCUAUAUUCUCUGCAAAGUUUGCCAACUGUGACGGAUAUAGACACAUCUUGGCCAUAGCUAAUGAGGAUGGCAAAAUAGCGCUGCAGGACACGACACAACGGAACCAGGAGCCAGAGGAACAAUCGCUUGGCGCACCACAAUGUCACUUUAAUGCCGUGUUUGAUCUGGAAUGGGCGCCGGGACAAAUGCGGUUUGUGUCCGCCUCUGGAGAUCAUACGGCGCGUCUCUGGGAGGUUACAGGCUCGGGCAUAUGUGGGCUAAACUCCUAUGUGGGUCACACGCGAUCUGUGAAGACUGCAGCAUUUAAGCGCACAGAUCCGGCUGUCUUUGCCACAGGUGGACGUGAUGGUGCCAUAUUAAUCUGGGAUAUACGCGCUAAUCUUAAUAUGGACUUGACCUCACGCGUUGAUAAUUGUAUUUAUAGCGGACAUACAGGUGGUCCGGGCACGCCGCAAUCACAACGCAAGCAGCGCAGCCGCACACCCAAAAUGUCCAACGCCGGCAGCAAUACAUCCAGCAGCAUUACUGGCUUGGCAUUUCAGGAUAACGACACGUUAAUUAGCUGUGGAGCUGGCGAUGGUGUUAUCAAAGUUUGGGACUUGCGUCGCAAUUACACGGCGUACAAGAAGGAACCGCUGCCCAGACAAAGUCUCCCCUAUGCCGGCCACUCCACAUUCAAAGGCUUUACCAAUGUCAUUGUAAAUGCAGCGGGCACUAAACUCUAUGCCAACUGCAUGGAUAAUACUAUUUACUGUUAUAACCUGGUGUCCUAUGCGCCCAAGCCUUUGGCCUGCUAUAAGGGUUUGUUAAAUUCUACGUUUUAUAUCAAGAGUUGUCUCAGUCCGGAUGGCAAAUAUUUGCUAAGUGGCAGCAGCGAUGAGCGUGCUUAUAUUUGGAAUUUGGAUCAUGCGGAGCAGCCACUGGUGGCUUUGUCCGGACACACUGUCGAGGUUACCUGUGUAGCCUGGAGCGCUAGUCAUGAUUGUCCCAUUGUGACCUGCAGCGAUGAUGCAAGGCACAAGAUUUGGCGUAUUGGCCCAGCGCCGGAUACGCUUAGCGCGACGGAAUUUAAUGAACAGUAUCGAGGCCAGGCCAGUUAUGUGCGUCAGUUUGAGCGACAAAAACCGCAACAACAGCUGCAUGAACUGGAGUCUACGCCGCGCUCAUUAAAGCGACUGAUGGAGCAGAAUGAGCGCACGCCCAGCAGCUUGGAGCCCAGCAGUGGCAAACGCAGCUUUAUGGACAUGCUGGGCGAGGUGUCGGGGGAGGAACAGCCGCUGCUAAAACGCAUCAAGCCAUUAGAGUCUAGGGGACGUCGCCUGUUUGCGCUGCCUGCAAUAAACGAGGAGCAGCUGGUGACGACAGCAACGCCUAGUUGUAAUCAGGAGAACAGUGCAACGGAUGUAUCACCGCUGUCACUGACCAGCGCUGGCAAACCGUCGCCAUCACCGCUUAGCGAGCAGCAUGCGAAUCAUAUGCUUUACACCUCACCGCCCACCACAUCUGCGCAAGCUUUACUGCAAUCGCAGUUGCAGGUCACGCCGUUAAUCUACUCGCCCACCUCGAAUCUGCCCAACUAUGUGCUGGAUGGUGAGGCGCCACAUUUGGGUAUUAUGUCACCCAAGCGCAAGGCCAAAGAGAAGGUCGACUGGCUGACCAAAAUACGUAAGCAGAAGCUGUUAACCACUAGUCGCGCCUCCAGCUUAACGCUUAGCGAUAAAAUGCAUGAGGAUGUUGCGGCUACUUCACCCGAUAUGCUUGCCUCGCCGCGUUUGCAAAGCCUACGACAGUCCGAGUGCAGUCCACGUUUGCAGGCCACGCCACGCCGUCGCAUUUCACACACGGAUAAUGGCCUACAUCCCCGAACGCCCACCUCCAGUCGACGCAACAGUGAGACUACGUUGCUGCGUUUCUUCAGCGUGCAACGCAGUAAAGAUACAACGCCGCCUCGUUCCGAGGAGUUGAGUGCACAGCCUGCCAGCUCUAGAGAAGCCUUAUCUACGCUACAUGCGGCCACGCCCCAUGCCAACACAACGGCUGUGGGCGGCAGCGAGUGAAUGUUAAUCCAAAUUGUUAGGCUAAGCUAAUGCUAAAUGUAAUUUUAACUUUUAAUAUUUGUACAGUUUGCAUACAAAAGACUAAAUAUAAAAUAAUCUAAUAUAUUAAACC